AUGUCUCUUCGCAUCAGAAUUCUGCGUUCACUGUCUAUCCCUCGCCGAACGACAACUUCGAAUCGACCAUCCGGAUACGUAGGUCUUCACACGUCUUCGAAAUGUCCGAAACGACAUCAAUCGCAAGCUGCAUUAGCAACUUCAACUUUAACUUCAUUUGAACCAGCUUAUAUCCCACCUCCACCACUACUGAACACACCUUCAACAAGUGAUGAUGCCGCUCUCAAGGCUCAUUUCGACUUACCCUAUUCCACAACUACUACAUCCACAUCUUCUGGAUUAUUCCAAUUUCCUCCUCUAACACAUCCAAGAUCACUACGACCGUUAACGGAACGGACAAUCAUACAAGCGAGUGCGAUUGUAGAACGAAUUUGUAAUGCUCCUCUUGAUCCAACAGGAAAAGAAUUACGUGGAGUGGUGAAGAACCUAGAUAGACUAAGUGAUGUUUUAUGUGGUGUGAUAGAUAUGUGUGAAUUAGUUAGAAAUGUUCAUCCGGAAAAACAAUGGGUAGACGAAAGUGAUAGAGCGUAUGAGGUCUUGUGUAGUUUCAUGAAUGAGCUGAAUACCAGCAGAGGACUAUAUGAGUCUCUUGUGCAAGCUGUGUCGCAUCCUCAUCCUCAACCGUUCUCGUCGGCUGAAAUGAAAGUUGCGCAAACGUUUCUAGCGGACUUUGAGCGAUCUGGUAUUCAGCUGCCUCCUGCAGUCAGACAGAAGUUUGUCUCACUUUCCGAUUCAUUACUAUCUCUAGGUAGGACAUUCCUCUCAUUCGCCUCAAGUGGACCCACAUCAAAACAGGCUAUAGAGCUACCUGAUCCAGAAAAGUUGUUAGCUGGAAUGGGAUCCCAACUCGUUGAUUCGCUACCACGGAAAAAACGGGGCGGACCCGCAUAUGUUAUACCUGGAAGUUGGGAAGCACAGAUGAUCUCAAGAUAUGCUCGUGAAGGAGAAGCAAGAAGAUUAGUCUAUAUAGGAGGAAUGAGAAAGGAUCAAAACAAAGUAUCAGUAUUAGAAUCAAUGUUGAAGGAAAGAGCAGAAUUAGCAAAUGUUUUAGGAAAGGAAACUUGGGCAGAUGUAGCUUUAACUGAUAAAAUGGCUAAAAAUCCUAAAAAUGUUAUUGAGUUUUUGAACUCUUUAGCAAAACAUCAUAGACCAAUAGCGACUUCCGAUGUGGCUUCUUUGCAGAGAUUAAAAGCGACAACAUUAACUGGAAAUCAUUAUAAUCCAGACAAACAACUGUCAACGGCUCAUCUACCUCCGAUAAACGCAUGGGAUAGAGAUUAUUAUGCCGAGAGGUAUUUAUCGACCUUGGCCCCCACUUCCUCCUUACCAUCCAUAACACCGUAUUUCUCAACCGGUACUUCCUUGCUAGGAUUAUCCAAGAUUUUCUCAAAGCUAUAUGGGAUUUCAUUCGUUCCUAAACCAGUAGCACAAGGAGAGGUCUGGCAUCCUUCAGUCAGACGACUGGACGUCGUUGAUGAAAAUGAAGGCACAAUAGGAGUGAUAUACUGUGACUUAUUUUCAAGAGCCGGUAAACCUCCUUCAGCAGCGCAUUACACGGUGCGUUGUUCAAGAAGGGUCGAUAAUGAUGAUUCACCUGGAGACGGAUUGACAGAAGGAUGGGAUCAAAACUUCGGUCAAGGAUUGGAAGUGGAAGGUGAAAGGCUCAAAGGAAAAGAUGGAAGAUAUCAAUUACCAAUUGUAGUUUUAACAUGUGAUUUUGGAAAUGUCGAAAGUGAUAAACCAGCUUUGUUAGGUUGGAAUGAUCUUGAGACCCUGUUCCAUGAGAUGGGGCAUGCUAUACAUUCUAUGAUUGGACGGACUGAAUUCCACAACGUGUCUGGAACACGCUGUGCUACAGAUUUCGUUGAAUUACCUUCUAUCCUAAUGGAGCAUUUUGUUUCUUCUCCUUCUGUUCUAUCGACAUUUGCGACUCAUUACGCUACCAAUGAACCUUUACCGAUCCCAUUAAUUGAAGCUCAUUUAUCAGUCAAUCAAUCUUUAUCAGCAUUAGAGACUCAUGGUCAGAUUUGUAUGGCUUUAUUGGAUCAAAAAUAUCAUUCCUUGCAGCACGGACAGGAAAUUGAUUCGACUCAAAUAUGGUAUGAUCUGCAGCGUCAAAUAGGCGUUGUACCUCCUGUUGAAGGAACAGCUUGGCAAACUCAAUUUGGACAUCUAUACGGCUAUGGAGCUACGUAUUAUUCGUAUCUAUUUGAUAGAGCUAUAGCGGGGAAAGUUUGGUCCACUCUCUUCAACACGAAUUCCGCACAGAGUCCACUAAGUAGAGAAGGAGGAGAGAAAUUGAAAGAGAACCUGUUGAAAUGGGGUGGUGGAAGAGAUCCCUGGGUUAUGGUCGGUGAUAUAGUUCAAGGUCAUCAAGGUGAGAUCGUCGCCAAAGGUGAUGAGAAAUCAAUGAAAGUCGUCGGAGGUUGGAUGAUAAAGUGA